AUGGAUAGUGCCGCAGCUGCUGCAGUUGUUGCUGCUGCUGCUGCUGCUCGAGGCAUUCUGCGUUGCAGCUUAGCACAGAUAAACAAACCAGCAGCAGCAGCAGCAGCAGCAGCAGCUGCUGCUGCUGCUGCUGCUGCAGAUGCAGGAGUAACUGCAUCACCAAUAUUCUACUGUUCUGGUCACAUACCGAUUCAAAGGAGAUGUAGCGCAGCAGCAGCAGCAGCAGCAGCAGCAGCAGCAGCACAACUGCGGCCGGAAGGAGCGCGAGCCGCUGGGCUGCCUUUUGCUCACGCUGCUGCUGCUGUUUGCUUCUGGAGUUGCUCUGCAGCAGCACCGGCAGCAGCAGCAGCAGCAGCAGCAGCAGCAGGAUUGCGGAAGACAACGCCGCUGCUGCAACAAGCGAGGGCCGUUAGCAGCAGCGCCAGUAGUCACAGCAGCAGCAACAGCAGCAGCAGCAGCAGCAGCAGCAGCAGCAGCAGUUGCAGCAGUGUCAGCGUGGAUUGCCCAGAUGAGCACCAGCGGCAGCUGCAGCUGCUGCAGCAGCAAGCAGCACGACUGCCUUCUCUGCCUCCUGCUGCGCUGCUGCAGUUCCUGCAGCAGCUGCUGCUGCUGCGAUGCUCCUCAGUAGAGCUGCUGCAGCAGCUGCUGCCGCUGCUGCAGCGCGCUGCUGCUGCUCUUCCUGUGGAGCAGCUAAGUGCUGCUGCUGCUGUUUUGUCAGCCCUCUGCAGCAACCGGCGUGCGGCGCUGCAGCAGUGCCAGCGGGACAUCGAGCAGCAGCAGCAGCAGCAGCAGCAGCAGCAGCAGCAGCAGCAGCAUUGUAAGUCACGGGAAAAGCUUGCAAGGCGGCAGAUCAGCAUGCUGCAGCAGCAGCUGCUGCAGCUGCAGCUCUUUGAGAAGCAAUUGCGGGGGUUCAUUGGUAACACUGCGCUGCAGUUUGCCCAGCAGCAGCAGCAGCAGCAGCAGCAGCAGCAGCAGCAGCAACUGCUGCUGCUGCAGCAGAACCCGCCACAAGUUAUUGAGCUGCUGCACCGCCGAGCCGCAGCUGUCUGCUGCCUGCUGGACGCGCUGCAAGGGCUCCCUUUUGCUGCUGCAGAGGCAGCAGCAGCAGAGCGCAGUGUUGCUGCAGCAGCAGCAGCAGCGCUGCAGCAGUUCACAGCAGCGGAGCAGCAAACAUCUGCAGUUGCUGCUGCAGCACCGCAGCAGCUGAAGCUGCUGCAGCAGCUGCCUGCACGACUGGCCCGCAUCAUUGGAGUCUUCCUGUCGGGGCCCCACAGCAGCAGCAGCAGCAGCAGCAGCAGCAGCGACAGCCUCUGCAGCAGCGUAGCAGAGAGCCACAGCCUUGCUGCUGCUGCUGCUGAGGCUGCUGCAGCGCUUCUUGCCCUGCAGCAUCGCUUCCUUGCUGCUGCCUGCAGCUCAGCAGCGGUGCAGCAGCUGCAGCAGCAGCUGCUGCAGCAGCAGCCGAAGCAGCAGCAGCAUUCAGGGGACGAGGUUCCCGAAGGUAGCAGCAGCAGCAACGGCAGCAGCAGCUGCAGCAACAGCAGCAGCAGCAGCAGCAGCAGCAGCAGCACUGAGACGUGGGACCUCGCGGAGACAUAUCGUCUUGUGGCCCUUACUUUUAGAGAAGCAACAAAAGCACAAGUGGACCUGUGGAAGCCGUUAAAGGUAGUUUGCUGCAGCUUUGCUGCCCUUCCUGCUGCUGCUCAUGCGGCUGCGACGGAGGCAUGCUGCUGCUGCAGUGAUGGUUCUCUUUGGCUCGCAAUUCUUGCUGCUGCUGAUGCUGCAGCACCUGCACCCGCAGCAGCAGCAGCAGCAGCAGCAGCAGCAGCUGGAGACGCAGGAGACGUGAAUGCGGCGGGCAGUGAUGCUGGCCCCGCGCUCCUUGCUGCAGCAGCUCACAGCAACUGCAGCAGCAGCAGCAGCAGCAGCAGCAAAGUGGUGGAAGGGAAACAGGGGGGCUUCAGAAGCGGAAGGCGCCGGCGGUUUGCUUCUCCCGCUGCAGCAGCAGCAACAUCAGCUGCAGCAGCAGCAGCAGCUCUGCCCCGUCGGUUUGCUGCUGCUGCAUCUCAAGGGUUUGGAGUACCUCUUUUUGAAACUGAGUUGCUGCUGCUGCGUUGCCUCCUUAACAGAUCCGGUGAUGAGUCUGCAGCAGCGCAAACCCGGCAGCAGCAGCAGCAGCAGCAGCAGCAGCAAACGCAUCAGCAGCAGCAGCAGCAGCAGCAGCCGCUUCAGCUGCAACUGCAGCGGCUGUCGACAAAGGCUCUGUCGCAACUUCUACUGGCAGCAGCUGAAUUGCUGCAGGCGAAUGAGGUGCUGCAGCAGCCAGCAGCAGCAGCAGCAGCAGCAGCAGCAGACAAGAGCGCAGUUGAGGACAUUACCGCUUUUGCUGCUGCUGCAGUUGCUGCAGCAAUGCCGGAAUGCUGGCGCUGCUCCCCUCGAGAUGUGCUGCGGAUGCUGCGGAGCAUAGAAGUGCUCCGUCCUGCCGUGAAGUUCCAGCAGCAGCAGCAGCUGCUGCAGCAGCAGCAGCAGCAGCAGCAGCAGCGCGUGUCACGCAGCGACAGCAGCAGCAGCAGCAGGCCAGAGCUGCAGCCGCAGCUGCUGAUGUUCUUUGGAAACCUCUUGAUGCGGUCUCUACAAGCAGCAGUUGACCGACAGCAGCAGCGGCAGCGCCGCCGGCGCAGCAGCAGCAGCAGCAGCAGCAGCAGCAGCAGCAGUGCGGCGGACACUGAGGGCAGUUUGGCGGCCCCUUUGCUGCUGCCGCUUACUGCAGCGGAGGCCAAUCAGCUGAUCAGUCUUGCAGUGAGCCUGCUAGCUAGCUAG